AUGAAAAAUAUUUUCCCUGAUGAUAUUAACGAAGGAAAAUUAUCGAUUACACAGAAAUUACAUCAUGUUCAUAAAUACAUAUGGAAAAAUAAUUUCUCUUCACCGAUCGAAUUAGGGGCUCACAAUAACAAAAGAGUUUUGGAUAUAGGAUGUGGUGACGGUGCCUGGAUAAUUGAAUUGGCCACCGAGAACCAAUGGAAUUACUUUACUGGCAUUGAUACUAGACUUGUAUUUCCCAAAUCUAUUAAACAAUUUAAUGCAACAUUUUUACAAGCAGAUAUUUCAGAUAAUUUAAGAUUUGAGUCGGAUACAUUUGAUUUGGUUUAUGUUAGAGAUGUUAAUUUCAUUAUAAAUAAAAAUGAUGAUGACGAAAAAAGUUGGGAGGAAAAGGUUUUAAAAGAAAUGAUCAGAGUUUGUAAACCAAAUGGAUGGAUAGAAGCAAUGUUUUAUGAAAAUAAAUUUUAUCGAGAAGGUCCAGUGGGCAAAAGAUUACGAGAAGCAUUUGAUAGAUAUCUUGAUUCUAAAAAAAUGAAUUCAAUAUUUUACACAAAAUUUGAAGAAUUAUUUUAUAAAACUGAUGAAUUAAUAAAUUUCAAAAAAGAAUACAAAGAAUAUAAAUUAGGAUAUUCAACAAAUAGGAAAUCCAAUGAUAUCAUUAAUAAAUCUUACAGAAAAAUUAGUGAUAUAUUAAUUGAAUAUAUUGUUGAAAUGUGGAAAACUCCUAGGAUCUCAAUAUCUGAAAGCAUGGGUUGUACGGUGGAAGAGUACGAUGAUUUGAUCGGAUUAUUUAAGAAAGAAGUUAAGCAGAAAAAUACCUAUAUAAGAUACAUUAGAAUCUACGCUCAAAAGAAAGAAUAA